AUGGACUUCGAGGCAACCCGAUCUCUUUAUUUGGGUCUCAUCGAUAAACCGCCACUCACCGAUAAACUUCUCUCUCGUCCACCAUUCAAAUUCUUGCUCGAUGUCUUCUCGAAUACGAUCUCGAAAACAGGAUAUUUAAGAGAAAGCUUUCCCAGCUCUUCAUUGGAUGAAUCAUCACUUGGAGACAAAGAUGCAAAAGUAGGAUUUCUUGAGAGAUUGAUCACUGCAGUGAAUACGGAUGGAUCGUUGAAUGAUGUGAAAGCGAGCAAAAUUGUGGCCGGGAAAGAAGCAGAAGAGACGAUCAAGUUACUUCAAAAAUUUGCGCAAGAAGCCCGCCAAUAUCGAGAUGGAUCGGUGACGAGUAAUAAAGAAAAUAAGAAGAAAUCGUCCACAACGAGCAAAGAACGAGAAUCGUCAAAAACUUCCUCGAAAAGCUCAUCGAAAGCAUCGUCGGAUAAAGGAAAAGCUCCGGAAAAACGAAGCAAAAGCAAAGAUAAAGUUAAAGAUGAGACAAAAGACUCAAAAGCAAAAGACUCAAAAACAUCAUCAAAAGAUCGGGACUCAAAAUCGAAAGAUCGAGAUUCGGAGAAGAAAAAGGAUAAGGAAAAAGAUCGAGAAAAGAGCAAAGAUCGUUCUUCGUCAAAGAAAGAUCGGGAAAAGACCUCUUCCAAAUCGGACAGAGAGAAAAAAGAGCGAUCAUCGAAGACAAAAACGAUUGAUGAGGCUGCAUUACCCAGACGAACCUCGAUAAUGCCCACCGCAGCCUCAAUCGAGCCAUCUCCAUCUUUCCAGACUGAAAUCGAUCAUCAUCUGGACUCUCAUGAUGAUGAAGCCUCGGGAACGGCGAAAACGGAAGACAGUGGAUUUGCGGAAAGUGAUCGAGUGAUCAGUCCAAGACCGCCACCAUCUGAGGCUCGGGAUCAUAUGAGAAUCGGUACGAGUAUGGGUCGACCACAAACAUCAAUGGGCCGACCGGGCACAGCAGCCGCUCGAGCCGCUCCACCAAAACUCAAGAAGAAACAAAUUGCGGAGAUUGAGCAGAAACAACAGGUAUUGGAGCCAAAGUCGGAGAUUUUCACGGAAACAACCUCUGCCCCACAGCAAGAUGAAGAUUUUCUCAUCGAAGAACAAGAAGAAUCAAGACCGGAAGUGACGAGAGAAGAGUUUGAUCCAAAUGCGGAACACGGUGGACUGGUGGCAAAAAUCAUGGAAACAAGAGAACAAUUAGAGGAUGGACAAGUGAAAAUGGAGAGUGAUGAUGUGGAUGAUGGGGAAAUGGCAAGACAGAGACAUCAGGUAGAAAAUCUGCAGAAAAACCUUCAACGCGUCACCCAAACCGCUUUCCCGCUUGCAAAAUUAUUCGACUUUGCGCAGGAAGAUUUGGAUUCGAUGAUGAAAGAAUUAGAGAAAUGGAGGAAUGAGACAAGGAAAAAUGAAUUGGAAUGGAAAGAAAGAGAAGCAAAAGGACACGGAGAAGUGCACAAAUACUCAUCCCAGUUGGCGCAAUUAGAAGAUUCGAUUCGAGAAACUCGGCAACAGCUGCAAAAUGUUAAAGGAAAACUGAAUUCGAAUGAAGAACAAAUGAAAGUGAUGCUGGCAAACAUG